GAGAGAACCGGCUAAGGCGUUACGGCGAACCAUGGCUUGCUCUACUCCUUGAGGCUAAUGAAAUGCAGAUCAUACGUGCGCGCUUCAGCUACCUCCUAGGAGGUAGCUCCUGUCUCUAGGACUCGUGGCCCGCUCGUCUAUUCUCAAUUUACUUCUAUGCAAUCAUCGAGUGUCGAAGAUAGCAUAUGGUUGAUUAGGAUAUAAACAGCCUGCGCCAUGACUAUCAAGAUUAAACGGAAUCCUCUAGGUCUCGUCCUUUAGCACUAUGCAGACAUGGCUACCUCUAGCAUGUACAUGCUGCUUGUACUUCUGGUGCUUACGAUGGUCGACUCAAUCUCAUUAUUCCCUUUGUCAGACGACAGGCACGCCACAGCAGCAGCCGCAUACUGCACCAACUCCGACCUAUCGAUGAAACUCCAGCCUAUCUCUGCACCUGUACAUGGUGCCGACAAUCCCAGACAGAACACCAAGACAUGGCACAUCAACAUCGACGACUCGAAAGCGGGCUAUAAGCAAACCAUCACUGGGUUUGGCGCUACAAUCACAGACGGGACGGUUAGCACAUUCAAUUCCCUUUCUAGCUCAAAGCUCGACGCGCUCCUCAGCUCGCUGAUGACUAGUUCUGGGGCGGCAUUCAGUAUGAUGAGGCAUACUAUUGGUUCUUCGGACCUGUCCUCGACCGCUACAACAUAUGAUGACAAUGGAGGAAAGCCGGACACGAAUCUCACCAACUUUGCGCUUGGCAGUCAAGGCACAUCGAUGGCACAGCUCCUUGCGAAAAUAAUCGCGAAGAAUUCUCAGACCCAAGUCAUCGGGUCUCCGUGGUCGGCUCCAGGCUGGAUGAAGACCAACGGAGUUUUGAUAGGCAACUCAACCUCGAACAACUUGAAAACUGGCUAUCUUGACCCAAAUCAAACCGAUCACUCGAGCGACUUCGCUCAGUACUUCGUCAAGUAUAUAUUAGCUUUCGCCGCCCACGGCGUGAAUGUUGACGCAAUCACGAUACAGAAUGAGCCUCUGAUGAGCCCGCCGGGCUAUCCAUCUAUGUAUAUGUACGACCACGAACAAGCAGACUUGAUUCAGUCACACGUAGGCCCGGCACUCAUUCACUCUGGCCUGAGGACCUCCAUUUGGGCUUAUGACCACAACACGGAUGUACCUUCGUACCCGCAAACUGUCAUCGAUGGGGCGCGUCAAUAUACAGACACUGUCGCAUGGCACUGCUACGCCGGUAAUCUGGACUGGACGGCAAUGUCCGACUUUCACGCUGCAAACCCGGGAGUUACGCAAUACAUGUCUGAAUGCUGGACACCAGCAGUUGACUCCAGGGAUUGGUUCCAAGCUGCCAAUUUCACCAUCGGUCCUCUUCAAAAUUGGGCAUCAGGCGUGAUGGCGUGGAAUCUCGGCAGCGAUCCCUCUCAUGGACCGCGCUUAGCGGGCGGUUGCUCUUCCUGUCGAGGUUUGGUCACUAUCCAUUUCGAUGGCUCGUAUCAAUUCAACAUUGCUUACUACCUUAUGGCGCAAUUCAGUAAAUUUAUACCAAGAGGUGCGAUAGUUCUGAAAGGGACAGGGAGUUCGUUGAAUCCCAACACGCCAGGUAUUCAGUUUAUUGCUACUGUAAACCCAGAUGAUACCAGUUCUGUGGUUGUUAUGAAUACUUUGACCGAGGACGUAUAUGUCAAAGCGACUUUGACGGGUAACGGGCAGCAAUGGAGCGGAAUUGUGCCUGCUUCCAGUGUCAUAAUAGAUGAAUUAGUAGAUAUUUACGCCGCCUACAAACGAUUCUAUUAA